CACCCAGAACGUAGAACCGCCAUUGCUCCAGCCACUCGUACCAAACAAAGACCACUAUUUGAUAUUUUGCGCCUAAUUCGCCGUUCUUCGUGGCUAUCGUGCUAUAGAAACAUGGAGGUAGGGGAGGUGACAACCAGUGGCCUAGGCCCGGGUACAGUAGUAGUUAACAGCGAUGGAGAGCUUCAGUAUGAUCUCACUCAACAGUCUGGGUCAUUCUUGACCAACACUCAUAUCGUACCCCAUGGAACACUAGCAGACGGAAGUGGGACAGUGCUAAGUCUGCCUAUUCAGUUAGUACAAUUACAUGACCCUGGGGGUGAUGUGGGUGUUGGCCGAACUGGUAAUGUGUCUUCAGGAAUGCCAGGAUUCACUGGUCAUAUAAUUAUCAAGAAUAAUCCUGAUGGCACUCGGACACUUCUUCUCGACCCAUCUGAAGUUGGAUUAUCAGUUACUGGAGAUGAUGGAGGAGAAAGCCAUUUAAUACCACUGCAGGACACUUCUGAAGUAGCAGUUGGACCUUCUCUAAAUGAUCUUCAAGAGAGAAGUGGGUUCCUACAACUAGAUGAAGGCAUGGUAACAGUGACCCAUGAUGGAAGUGAGAUUGGCCAGGGUGGAGUAAUUUUGGCCAGUACUGGCGACUACCUCACACAAAAAGAUGGUACCAUCCCACAGUUUGCAUCUCUUAACAUUGUUGAUGGACAAAUGGUCUUAACAGCCACUGAAGCGGGUAUUGAUGAUACAGUAACUCUAGAAGGAGGCAACUUAAUAAAUUCAGAAAUACCUACACCAGAACCAGUUUUGCCUACACAACAGCCCAUCUCCAUUAAAACAAAGCCAAAGGUGGAACCUCCUGUAGGUAAAGGGCCAUACACUUGUGAAUAUUGUAAAAUGUCCAUAGAAAAAUGGCUUCAGUAUAAGAAACAUUUGAAGAAGCAUUUAGAAGACAAGCCAUACCGGUGUACUGAGUGUGAUGCUACUUUCAAUGUACAGAAAAACUUGACCCUUCAUGAGGCUUUACAUGCUACUGACAAAUUAUCAUGCCCAGAAUGUGGUAAAACCUAUCGCCGGCUUGCUUCAUUUAGGGCCCAUCUCACACUUCAUGAGUUAGAUGAAUCAGUCACAUGUGAAAUAUGUCAAGAAGAGUUUGUAUCUGUGAGUCAACUUGAACCACACUACCAGCGUCACAGAGAAGGCCUGGACCGAGUGGUGGAGCGGAAAAGGGCAAGUUUAGAAUGCCGAGAGUGUAAGGCAAAAUUCACUAAUCAUGCUAUGCUCAGCCAUCACAUGAAAGUUCAUAGAAAGGUAAGGAAAAUUACAACAACGAAACCUAGAAGAUAUGUGGAUCCAUCAAAAUUUGAGAACAAAUGUCCAGAGUGUGGUAAAAAUUUCAUCAAACCUUCACAGUUGAAAAGACAUAUUUUGAUACACACCGGUGAAAGACCCUUCAAGUGCACCUUUCCUGGCUGUGACCGAGCUUUUAACCAAAAAAUCUCCAUGCUUAUUCAUAUGGAUAUACACACUGGACGGAAGGACUACAAAUGUGAUUUCUGCAACAAAGAAUUUGUACAAAGAAGUAAUUUACGCUGCCACAUAAAGCGUGUACAUCCCGUUGAUAUAUCUGUUGAAGAGUUGUUUAUAUGUCAAGAGUGCCCUUGUGUGUUUAAGCGUGCUGGAAGUCUUAAUGCACACAUUUCUCGAGUACACACCACUGAGGCAGUAAUUAGAAUGGAUUCGUCUUCAGAUUAUCGAGAUGUACUAAAGGAUGUUCGAGAUGUAAUAAAGGAGAUUCAGGACUUGGAAAGAGCUGGUCAGCGAGAUCAGAAGGUUUCAUUGUCUUCCAAACCAACAGUGAAAUAUAAACAAGAAAAUCAAAAGCAGCAAGACUCAAAAUCAAAGAAUACUGCAUCAGGGAUAAGUGACACUGCAGAUACUCAAGCUCCAGAAAGUACGAGUGAAGGAGACAUCUUGCAACAAGCUUUAAAGAAUAUCGGACUUACUCAGUCACGGGACCAAAUACAACUUAACAGAGAUGGUGUUAAGCUGAAGAUUAAGACUGAAGAUGAAGUGCAGCUAGAUGAUAGUUGGCCUGUGGAUGGACAGAUUGAUGCAACUCGGUUUGGUGAAUGUAAGAAGGUGCGGGUCAUGACACUUAUUGACCGUAAUGAUGAAAGUGGCAUGAAGAGAUACACAGUCUUUGUAAAGCUGGUUGGUGAUGUGAGGUGGCACAUAUGUAUGCAUAAAGAUUGCACAAAAGAAUUCAAAAAGCCUAACGAUUUGGUUCGACAUAUGAGAAUUCAUACAAAUGAUAAACCAUUCAAGUGUUCCAAGUGUUACCGAGCAUUUUCUGUCAAGUCGACACUGGUGGCUCACAUGAAGACUCACUUGGCUGUGAAGGAGCAUACGUGUAAACAGUGCAACAAGAAAUUUGCUACAACUACCUCUCUCAGAGUCCAUUCAUGGGUACACACUGGUCAGAAGCCCUAUUCAUGCUCACGGUGCCAGAAAGUUUUCCGCACAGUAUCACAUCGAAAGGCACAUAUGUUGUCUCACUUGCACUCUUCUCAUCGUCAAUCUAUGCGGAAAAAGUCCAUACCUCUGCCAGACAUCCCUCUUCAAGAGCCUAUCCUUAUUACUACUGAAGGACCUGUUAAGCAGCUUUCUAGACACAGCCAAAUCUAUCCAAGUGAGACGGGUGAGAUACCACCUGACAGACCUCAUAAGUGCCAUUACUGCCUGGCAGCUUUUAAAAAGUCUUCUCAUUUAAAGCAGCAUGAGAGAACACACACUGGAGAGAGGCCAUUUAAGUGUGAAAACUGUAAUAAGCAAUUUAACAAUGUAAGUGUUCUGAAGUCGCAUUUCAAAACACACACUGGACAAAGAACUCAUAAGUGUCUCAUAUGCAACGGCCUUUUUGCUACUAGUGGUAGCCUGAGAAGACAUCGAACAACCCACUCAUCGGACCGUCCUUAUAUGUGUCCCUAUUGCCAGAAAACUUUCAAAACAAAUACAAACUGUAAAAAGCACAUGAAAACCCACAAACAUGAACUGGCUAUGGAAGCAGUUAGGGCUGCUGGAUCUAACUUGCAAGGGGACAACCAGCAAGCACUCCUUACCACUAGUCUCUAUGGUCAGCAGACCACGUCAGCAACCCUGACUGAUACAGAGGUCAUAGUCCCUGAUCUGAGUGGUAUGGCUAGUGUCUUCCAGGAGGGGGAUUUUCCACUCUCAGGUGAUCUUCAGCAGCAAACACAGCAUCAGCAGCAGGUGCAACAAGAAGAUCUAACUGCUGCUCAGGUCCUUCCAGCAGCAUUUGCACAGGGUGUUGAUGAGAGUGGUCUAACCCUAGCUGACCUUCAGACAGGGGUUGAGCAUAGUUUAGCAUCUGGAGAAGCUGUCAUUUUAGGAACACAGCCUACUACCAUCACCACACACCUGAAUGGGUCCUCAAUACUUAUUCCUCACUCUUCAGGAGGCCAUGGUUCAACUGGAUCAUCCAUUCUUCUUCCACAUUCAGCUUCAAGUCUUGUUACUAGUGCUUCAUCUGUAUUUCAUGGAACUAGUAGCACUUCUGUCUUACAAGGUGCUAGUGGCUCCUCUAUCUUGCUCCCAAAUUCAUCUGAUCAGGGAUCUGGCUCAUCUGUAUCUAACCAAGUAUCCCAGGAUGGUGGUGGAACAACUGUCCUUACACUCCCACAUUCUUCAGGUAAUAAUGUAUUGACCGUCCACCAACCAUCUGUGAUACAAGGACCUGCUCGGGAGGAAUCGGUCAAUGUUACCUCAGUCAUACAGUCUCAACCCAGCAUCAUGAGCCAGUCUGGUGCAUCCACAUAUUCUACCUCCAUUUCAUCACGUCAGGCAAUACUGGGUCAUACUCAAGAUUUUAGUUCCAUUGGAGAUCCAGGAGGAUUGGAAAUGGUAAAUCUGUCAUCCUCAAUGAUUGGUGGAAAUUCUCAAAACAAAUAUGCCUCCACUGUUUUACAAACCAGUCUCCAACUUGAAGGCAGCAGAGGAGCUGUCAUCACUAAUCCCUCUGAUCAAGUGAAUUCUGGAGAAACUAAUCUAGCAGGAGAAGCAGUGGGUGCAUCGAGCACUGGUCUUGCAGGUGGCCUUGUAGAGAGUGAUGAUGAUGGUCGGGUUGUUACUAGUCAUUCUACCUCAGCUGUUGCUGCCAGCGAUGCUACUCCUACCACACUUCUUGAAGCCAACUUUGACCAUCAAGGCUUCUCCGAUGGUUUUACGCUUCAUGUACCUCCUGGUUUAGACUUGUCUAGUUUGGGACAGAGUGGGGAAAUACCGUCAUCGCAAUUGGUCCAGCUACUUAACACACAAGAGCCCUUAUCAGAAGUUUCAACUAUAAAAGUUCCUGCGCCCGCAACCACACCACCACCCAGCCAAGACCCUGCACCCCCAGAGCCUGUUAUCUCUGUCUCUAAAGUCUAUGAGUGCACUGAGUGUAAGAAGACAUUUCGUAAGUUACCUCACUUACGAUCCCACCGAAGAAUCCAUAACCAGAAUAAAACGAAUCAUUGUUCAACUUGCAACAAAACUUUUUCUUCAUUUUGUGCACUCAAGGAACAUCAGCGGCAACAUUCACGAUCAUCGAAUACUCACCAGUGUAAUAACUGUCCGGAAAGAUUCCCAAAUCUCAGUCGGCUCCUCAAGCACAUGCAGGUGGAACAUUCCAGUGUAUGGCAUUGUCCUGUGUGUGAACUUGUGUUUGAGUCUUCAUCAACAUUCCAAAGACAUUUACGCUCCCAUAGCAUAGAUGCCAUUAAUGAAGCCAUAAGUAAAACUAAGAGUGAAGACGUGGGGAUAGAUGGCAAAGUUAAAGUAACUUUGACUCCUGAAGAAAUGGAUGCCAUUCUUCAGCAGACAACAGGAUCUCAAAUUAGUAUGGAAGAAGGAAGUCAGAAGGCUGACACAAAAGGUGAUACUCCCGCUGCUAAGCGACAUCAUUCCUCCCAAGAUGUUGAUAAUCUCCAGGUUACUUUUUUGAAAGGAAAUGAAACAGAAGAGAAUGAUUCACAGAAACAUGCUCAUCAAUGUAAAACCUGUGGUAAAAGCUUCAAGAAACCGUCGGAUUUAGUACGACACAUUAGAACCCACACAGGAGAGCGGCCAUUUUCAUGUGUUCAGUGUGGGAAGUCAUUUGCUGUUAAGUCUACAUUGGAUGUGCAUAUGAAAACUCAUUCUGGAAAAAAGGAUUUCAUGUGCCAUGUAUGCAAUACUAUGUUUGCAACUAAAGGGAGUCUAAGUAUACAUAUGAGACUUCAUACUGGGGAUAAACCGUUUAAAUGUAACCAGUGUGGGAUGAAGUUUAGAACCUCUGGUCAUCGAAAGGCUCAUGUUGUUAAACACUGUACGUCUCAGGCUAUGUCAGGAAAAACUACAAGAUUUACCACGACUAAAGAGGAACCAUUAGAAAGUGGAAACAAUGCAGAUGAAGCUGUGAUGGAAAUGCCAAACGAGGAAAGCCUUAAUUCUGUUGUAAUGAUGACUGAAGGGACUGUAUUGCAGCUACCAGGGCUUAAUCUGGGAACUAUUGAUCCUUCAGCUUUACUCAACAUUCAACCUAUGACACUGGAUGAAAGUGUGUUAAAUCAGUUACAAGCUUCUGGUGUUACCAUGAUGGGUGCUGGUGAGGGAACUGUUGAUGAGGAUGCUGAGGAUUCUAUUUCUGUGAAUCCCAAUGUGGUAAUGACUCAACCCAGAAAUGUUCGUACACCUAAUGCAGAAACUGUGGAGGAUUCUGAUUUUGAAAUUAGUAUCUUUGAUAGUGAUGUAAGGGUUAUUACAACACAUUCACUAAAUAUGUUAGGGCAACAUUUAGAUAGAGAUCCUGAAGCCACUCCUGAUACUUCUUCCUUCAUCCCAUCAGAGCUCCAUCUCGCAGAUCUUGCAAUCCCAGGACAAAACAACACUAUACAGUGUGCUUUGUGCUCAAAAUCAUUUGUCAAAUUAAGUGAUUGCCAGGAGCACUUUAUUUAUCAUAAUAUUUUUAUAAGAGUAGGAGAGGAAGGUGAAAAUGUUGAUAAUGAAAUACAUUACUCUGUUAUUCCUGCACCUGCACUUGGAGAAGUGCCUGAUGAAAAUUCAUUUCAAAGUGCGCAUAAUGGGAAAAAUCCAUCAGGAAUAAGCAUUGGAGAAAUACCUGUUUGUAAAUUAGAAGAACAAGAUCAGUCCAGUCUCAGUUAUAAAUGUGCCAUACCUGAAUGUGGUAAAACUUUUAAGAAUGAGGGUAGUCUUGAACAGCAUACAAUUAGUACUCAUGUAAAACAUCAUGUAUGUGCCAAGUGUGGUGGGGAAGACUUUCAGUCAGCAGCAGCUCUUCAGAAGCACAUCAAAAUGCAUCACUCUGAUGGAAAAGGAAUCAGAUGUGUGUUUUGUGUAGAAGAAUACAGUGUACGUGCUACUUUAUACCAUCACAUUAUUCAUGAGCAUUUGCAACUUGCUUUAGAGAAUCCCAUAGCUAUUGAGAAAGUGGGGCUCAAAAUUAAUGUAACAUCAGAGUCUCAGAGAGAGGGGACGGUUGCAGGGGCCCAGGGUACAAUGGAGGAGCUGGAUGCUUUGGAGUUCUUUCCGUCUGUAAAUAAUGAUGCUCCUCUUGAGUAACAGUAAACAUACAUUUAAGAUUAUGUUGGUUUUGCUUUAAUUAGUUUUCUCCUUGAAAGCAUAUCCCCAAUGCCUUGUUUUAGAUCUAAUUGCUAAAACCAUUGACAUUAAUGCACUUAAAAUUGAUAUAAAAAUAACAUCUUGAAAUAUUAAAUUUAUUUAAUGUUAUUUUUUUGUACAGUGCAUGAAAUUUAAUAUUGAUGAACAUUUACAAAAUUUCAGAUAAUUAGUAAAAUAGUUUGUGUUAAAUGUUUAACAUUGUAUGUCAUGUCAUAUAUAGUAUUUUUUAAUGUCUUCCCUUAUAAGUUUUUUAAACAGCAAUUUGGCCUCAUUCUAAUUAUGAAUUAAGUACAAACUGAAAUUGUAAAUACUGUAUUACCUAAGGAUGAGUAAUGUAACCAAAAUAGGAACUAGAGUACAUGUAUUGGAAAAUUUUUGUGAAUUUUAUAUUACUGGAACAACAUUUUCUAGGGCUGGGAUGAUCUGUUAUUGCCUUCAGAAUUUUGAAGACUCAGUUGUGAGAGGGUUCAAUUUUUUAUUAUUAUAAUAUUGUAUAGUAAAUUUAUAUUUGUAUAUAUGAUAAUCCUGCAAUUAGACAUAAUUUACUGCUAUUUAUUUCCACUUCUUAGUAUAUUCAUUACUCUGGUAUAAACCUUGGUAAUAAAUACCGACAAAUUGGUGUAGAAAGACACGUAAGCAAACACUAUGACAUAUUUAUUACAAAACGUUUCGGUCCUGGGACCUUGAUCAAGGUCCCAGGACCAAAACGUUUUCUAAUAAAUAUGUCAUAGUGUUUGCUUACGUCUUUCUAACCAUUCAUUACUCUGCAUUAAACCAGUUUUAGAAGCAUGAUAAUCAUUGUUAAAAGAUAUAUUAUUUUGAAUAAGAUCUGGAAGUCUUUAUCUCUAGCUAACAUACCCUUUACUGUAGGUUCAUGUGUGAACUUGAAAUAUUGUCAUUCAAGUUUCACCAUAGCCAGCAUGUCUGACAUGUGAUGAUGUAUGCUACAAUAUCCAGAAUACACCACUUAACUGGUAGGUCAAAAGUCUGACCAUUUAUUAAUGUGUAUUAAUAUGUAAAGCCAGCAGCUUUAUGACCUGACACACAAGAAGUACAACCAUUUGUUGACAUGCCUUAAGUACAACUUGUAUGUAGUGUGUAUGCCAAAAGCAUAACAUUUAGUAACUUGCCUUCAGUACAAUUUACUAUAUUAGCAGACUUUAUUUGGUCAUUAAUUCAUAAUAAUAUGAAUUAUGUCACACUUUUAGUUAUUUAAAUCUUUAAGUUCAGUGUUAUCACUAUGCUCAAAUUCUAUUUAUUUUUAUAUUUAUGAUGGUAAUGUUUAAUUUUGAAGAAAACUAAAUGACUCGGCAUUCACGAGUACAUCUAGUCAAGUUCAUUUUUGCAUGACUAGGUUAAAGUCAUCAUAUGUAAGUUUACAGAUAUUAUUCACAAGAAAUUUGCUUCUCCCAUUUUGGCUAAAAACUGUAUCUGAGCCCCAUAGACCAGAAAUUUUGACAUAAAAGCUUGUUUAAACUUGAGUGUACUGUAACUGUUUUUGUUUUUGCUUAAAUUAAUGUUUUAUAUCAAAGGUUUGAGAAUAUCUACAAAAUUGCUUAUUGUGAAGUCUAGUAUAUUCCAAGUGCUGAGAAAUUUGCACCUCAGUGCUGCAACUACAUAAACUUCACAUACAUAUUGCAAAGCAGAGGCGAAUACUCAUAUGUAUAAGUGAUAUUUGGCCUUACCCUUAGUCAAACUUGAUUCUACAUAUAGAGGGACUAUUGUUCAUAUGCAUUAUAUUCAUUAAGAAAAUGUGAUUAGUUCCCAAGAUGCACAUCAAUAAUUUACAAUUCUAACCUCUUGAUGAAACAGCGUGAGAAUAGAGAAACAGCAGUAGGCCUAUCAAGUAUGCAGUAUGCUUGUCAAGUAUUUGUCUACCUUGUUUUUAAGCUACAUGAACCUUCCUUUCUAUUCUAACAUUUAACCAGGCAAUACCAAAUACCAAUAUGCAAGUAGUAGACAGUUGCUUCACUGCUGUAGUAUAUGCAGGCCAGAUUCUCAUGUAUUUCAUCACCUCCCAGUCAAGUUUUAUUAUAAUACAUUGUAGUAUCUGGUUGCUUAAAAUCAUAGGAUGAAAUGAAAUAUCUAUGAAUCUGGCUUGAAUGUACUCUGGCAGAGUUGAAUCAGUUAAAAUGUAUUCUCCUCUCUUGUAGUGUGAUGGCUCAAAGAACAAUACAUGCCUGGUGUGGUGCUGGGCUGGGGUUUACAGCCCAACUUGACAAAUAUUUAGGGUUGUCAAACUUUUAUGUGCAGUUUGGGAACCAGUUGUGUUUGCUUAAUUGUGUAGUACACCUGGUUGCCUAAAAACCUGGAAAGUGACGAAAUAACAUUGAAUGUGAGAUGAAUGCACUCUUGCAAGGGGUUCAAUGAAUCUGAAUAUACACUUCACUGCUUUUGUAGUGUAGUAGCUCAUAGGAACGUUACUCACCUGGUGUGAUGCCAAAAUGGGGUUCAUGUCCCUGCCAGGGCAUUGGGUUGUUAUGCAAUUAUAUUCAUACAUAUACAGUCUAUCUUUU